GCUUGGUGACUUCCAAAGACAUCUUGCUUGACAAAUAUGGCAUACAUUUCACAGCUUUGGAUAUUUUUUACUGCUCUGGUGUCUUCAAAUGGUCUGGACUGCUGGAACACAGGAUGGACAGAGGUCACCAUCAGCGCCUCUCUGAAAUCUGAAGUCUUUCUCCCAUGUCACUUUAAUAGAAGCCUUGACACUAAAACAGACACUGUGAAAUGGACCCACAAUUCCAGUGGAGCUACUCUUCUAAGGAUCAUGAGUAAUGGCAGUAUCUACUUUGGUAGGACAGAAGGACGAGUGAGUGUUUUUCCCCUUCUGUUCAAAGAAGGAAACUUCACCAUCCUCAUCCAUGAUCUGGAGCCUUCAGAUAUCGGCCCGUACUUUUGUGAGGGGAGCGGUGAACGCUGGAGAGUGGAAAUCCUAGAAUCAGAGCCUCCAGUUGAGAGAAGACCUGAUGAGUUAAAUCCCUGGUUCUACUUUGCUGCUGGAGCUGGAUUGUUUAUUCUCCUUUUUAUUGGAUUAAGUCUGUUUUCAAAAUAUUGUGCAAAGCCCACAAAUAGAUCAUCCAAAUCUAAUCCUGGUAAUGGAGUUCAGAGUGAAGGUAAUAACCCCCCCGAGGAAACACAGAAUACAGAAAGAAGUGAGCAGAGAAACAAAAACAACAGAGGUCUGAGACGGGGUUUCACAACUGUUUAUGAAAAUGAUGUACCUGCUCCAAAUCGAAGUCCUGCUGUGCAGCAGGGGCAACAUCCUCAGAGAGCUUUUAGAGCCGUUCCUGAUCCAACUGCAAGUCAUCCUUCAGAUGCAAAACCAUACUAUGUCAACCAGGAAGAGCUCUCCAUUCCAGGCAAUGCUGGUAAAAAACGGAAAAAACAAAAACAUUUUCAGUUUAAAAAUCCAAUAUAUACGGACACUGCUGUGAUUAGAAGUCAGAUGACAUAAUCCAGUUCCACAGAAUCCUCGUUUCAGUCUGUUUAAUUGUUCAUUUCAAUCAAUGCAAACAGUUCAAUAUCUCAAUAAAUGCUGAUGUUUAACAUUGA